UAACACUGAAGGCACGUGGGAAAAAAUACGUGACGUCACGUUCUUUUCGCGGACAUCAAGUCUCUGGCGGCUGUACUUUCGAGUUCUACCAUUCGUAACUGAAAAAUAAAGGCGGAACCGUCAACAUGUCAGGAGGUUUGGAUAUUCUGAGUCUGAAGGAAGACGAUGUAUCGAAAAUGUUGGCUGCGACCACACAUAUCGGUACAACCAACUGCGACUUUCAGAUGGAACAAUACAUCUACAAAACUCGUGCCGAUGGAGUUUAUAUCAUCAAUCUGAAAAAGACCUGGGAGAAGCUUCAACUUGCUGCUCGUGCGAUUGUUGCAAUUGAGAAUCCAGUAGAUAUUUGUGUCAUUUCAUCGAAACAGUUUGGACAACGUGCUGUUCUCAAAUUCGCAUCUGCUACUGGUGCAACUGCUAUUGCUGGAAGAUACACACCUGGUGCUUUCACCAAUCAGAUCCAGGCUGUCUUCCGAGAGCCUCGCUUGUUGAUUGUAACGGAUCCUCGCACUGAUCAUCAACCUAUUUGUGAGUCCGCUUAUGUCAACAUCCCUGUGAUUGCAUUCACAAACACUGAUUCUCCUCUUCGAUACGUCGAUAUUGCCAUCCCUUGCAAUAACAAAGCCAAGCAUUCUAUUGGUCUCAUGUGGUGGUUGCUUGCACGAGAGGUUUUACGCCUUCGUGGAACAAUUUCCCGCACUCAAGAUUGGGAUGUCAUGGCUGAUCUUUACUUCUUCAGAGAACAAGAAGAAAUUGAGAAGGAUGAAAUCGCUCAAUUAGAGAAAGAACAAAAAGAAACUGAACAGCAGCAAUCAUACCAACAAGACUGGGGUGGUGAACAGACUCAACAAGACUGGGCUGGUGAGCAAACUGGAAUCUUGGAUGCUAGUGCCAGUCAACCAACAACCCAACAAGUUGCUACUGGGGGUUUCGAUACCAACACAACUGAUGAUUGGUCAGCAGCUCCUGACCCGAAUCAAGCCAGCGAUUGGGGUGCUGCUCCAGCACCACCACCACCAGCCGCGGGAACCACUCCUGGUGUCACAGCAGAUUGGGGAGCGAGUACAGAGUGGUGAAGAGUUCCAGAAUAUGCCCAUCUUGUAUCGCAAUGCAUUGUGAACUUGCAAUAAAAAUUUUGGGCAAUAUCUUA